UACAGACAGAAUAGAGAGGUUAGGUAGUGACUGCAGAAUAGUGUAGACUGUGUGUAAUAGUGUGAAAUUCGUAUUAUACAAGUUAUAGACAAUUAAUUGCUCUCAUUUUAUUUGUUUUAUUAAUCUAUUAUAUGAUGUAUAAUCUAGAUCUUGCAUGAAAACUAAAUAUUUCUUCUACAAUUAAAUUUUAAAAUGGGAUAGGUUAUUGAAUACAUUCAAUAUAACAUUUACAGGCCUAGCCUUUACAGUAUUAUUUUCUUUCUAUGUAACAUCUGCAGAAUAUUUAUAAAAUGUUGUCUUCGUGCAAGAAAUAUGUUCAGUUCCUCUGCUCAUUACAUGUUAAAAACAUUUCAAAUUCAACACAUCAUUGUUUUCCGCUUAAACCAGAGUCUCCAAUGAAUGUUUUCGACCGUAAAGCGAAAUCAAAGCAAAAAGAGAGAGCAGGAGGAAUGCCUGAUGUAGAAGUUUAUGAUUACUUAAAAAGUGAAAUAGGAUAUAGACUGUCAGACAGAGUGUUAGAUGUGAAAAGGACUUUCAAAUGUGCUCUUGAUCUUGGAUGUAGUCGUGGUUAUGUUUCAAAACAUAUUAUUGCAGACUCUGUAGAAAAACUUAUUAUGUGCGAUACCAGUCCAACAUAUCUAUCUCAAGCAAGCCCUCCGGAAGAAGGUGUUGUUGUGGAACGUUUGGUUGUUGAUGAAGAAGAUUUACCUUUCGAAAGCGACUCAUUAGAUCUUGUUAUUAGUAAUUUAUCAUUGCACUGGGUAAAUGAUUUACCAGGUACAUUUUCACAAAUAAUGAGAGUGUUAAAGAAUGACGGUGUUUUCAUGGCUUCAGUUUUUGGAGGUGACUCAUUGUUUGAAUUAAGAUGUUCUCUCCAAUUAGCAGAGUUAGAAAGAGUCGGAGGAUUGUCACCACAUAUAUCUCCAUUCACCUCAGUCCAAGAUAUCGGCAAUCUUUUGACCAGGUCUGGCUUUACGAUGUUAACCAUAGACACAGAUGAAAUUGUUGUUGGCUAUCCAUCAAUGUUCGAACUCAUGUGGGACUUGAAAGGUAUGGGAGAGAGUAAUGCAGCGAGAAAUCGAAGUUUACACCUGAGCAGAGACAAGAUGCUGGCAGCAGCCGCUAUAUACCAGGAGAUGUAUGGCCAGGAAGACAAGAUCCCUGCCACGUUCCAGGUGUUAUACAUGGUAGGCUGGAAACCUGACCCGUCCCAACCAAAGCCAGCGGAAAGGGGUUCCGGUCAAGUGUCUCUCAAGGAUCUCUACAGGCUUGACGAAGUUGUUAAAGAUAUAAAAAAGAUGCCACUGGAUGACAACAACCCUGACAAAGACAAAAAUAAAUAGUUUGUUAAAAAUA